AGAACCCGGCGCGUGGCGGCGCGAGGAAGGAAGGGAGCGUGCGCGCGCGAGUGAGCGAGCAGCAGGAAAAACGGAGCGCGCUGAUUGGCCUGAGCACAGGGAAAGGGGUUCCCCGCGCAGCCCAAAGAGAGAGAGAGAAAGAGAGCGAGAGGAGCAAAGGAGGAGGAGCCGAAUUGAAGAGGCGGAGGAGGAGCCCCUGCCCGUCCUCUUCUCGGAUCCCGGGCCGGCCUGCUAGCGGGGUGGAGGUGGGAGGCCAUGCGGCGGAGCCCCCCGUCGCCCCUCCCGAGGGCCGCGUGAAGGAGGAGGAAGAAGACGAUGCGGGACCUGCCCGGCGCCUCGCUGCAAAAGGCUUGCCGCCUCCUGGUGCUCUUCUGCCUGCUCCACCUCCUGGCCGUGCUCUUCUACUACCUGGCCGGGAGCGCCCUCGGGCCCCAAGGCAGCCCCGAGCAGCCCCCGCCUCGAAGGGGAGCCUCCAUCGCCGCCCUCUUCCCCGGAAACGCCUCCGCGCCCUGCCCGGAUCCUUCCCCAAGGCUCAUUGGCCCAUUGCGUGUGGAGUUUUCACAAACUGUGAAUUUGGAGAAUGUGCAGAAGGACAACUCAGAAGUCAGGGAUGGAGGCCACUACACCCCAAAGGACUGCAAAGCACUUCAGAAAGUGGCAAUUAUUAUUCCCUUCAGAAAUCGAGAUGAACACUUGAAAUACUGGCUGUAUUAUCUCCACCCCAUUCUUCAAAGACAACAGCUUGAUUAUGGUAUAUAUGUAAUUAACCAGGGGGGAAAAGAAAGAAGGAAUGCUGGUCGUCCUGCUGCUUCAAUGGGUGGAGAGGAGACAUUCAAUCGUGCAAAGCUUCUAAAUGUUGGCUUCAAAGAAGCUCUGAAAGACUAUGACUACGACUGCUUUGUAUUUAGUGAUGUUGACCUAAUCCCAAUGGAUGACAGAAACAUCUACAAGUGUUACAGCCAACCCCGACAUCUCUCAGUCUCAAUGGAUAAAUUUAAUUUUCGCUUACCUUACAACCAAUACUUUGGGGGAGUAUCUGCUUUAAGCAAGGAGCAAUUCCAAAAAAUCAAUGGGUUUCCCAAUAACUAUUGGGGCUGGGGAGGUGAAGAUGAUGACAUUUAUAACAGACUAGUUUUUAAAGGCAUGGGGAUUUCUCGCCCAGACGCUACAAUUGGAAAAUGUCGAAUGAUUCGCCAUUCAAGAGAUCACAAAAAUGAACCUAACCCACAGAGGUUUAACAAAAUUGCUCACACAAAGGAGACCAUGAUGUCCGAUGGGUUGAACACUCUGACCUACACUGUAGAAAAAACUGAGAGAUUUCCGUUGUAUACAAAAAUCACAGUGGAUAUUGGAUCCCCAAAAAGCUAGUGCAACAGAGACACAGGAGAGUCGGAGACUUUGCGUGCCCAGGGACUGCUCAUUCCAUCAAUAUGUUAUAUUUGCUAUUUUUAUUACAAUCAACAUGAACACAGAUGCCUUGAUUUGCCGUAUUGGGGCCUUUCUUUCACCUUUUUGAACUGAAAAAGAAUUUUAAUCCCAAACUUUGCUGCAGAAACCUUUCUCCUUUUCUUUCUGCUUUAGAAACUAUGCAUAAAACUUUGUAAAGAUGUCAAUUUUCAGAGAAUUUUCAGGUGGAGACACAUGCUUGAUACGCUGGGAAAUCCUCCUCUGCAAGACCGCUGGAAAAGAAAGAAAACUAUAACCAAGCACUAUUGUGCUUCUGUGUGGUUUCCAUUCGACUCAUUGGAGAGUAACAUUAUAGGUUUUCAGUGGAUUGGGCUCUAUAUGUUCACUAGAGUGCUAUCCAUGUGAAAUAAUAUUUGCAGACAAUUUGGAAAACAUUACUGUCUUCAUAAAUUAUGAUGCAUUUAACAGUUACAUCAGCUUCUCCAUCUCCCCGUUUAAUUUUGAAAUUAGGCAACAUUUAUUUAAUUCACUGCUGUGGUUACAGUAUGAAGGACUGGAAAAUGCUGCUAAGGUUGUAUGAGUUUACAAGAUUUGCUAAAUCACCCUUUCUCAAAGACUGAAUCAUUUCAUUUUUGUAUAAUAGCAGUCAGUUGUUUUCCCUUCCUUCCUUCCAAGAACAUGCCUGACUAAAGGAAGAGAUGGCCAUAAAUUCUGUUUCUCUAGCUGAGGAGGUGUUGAGAAAUCCGGACUGUUUGCUGCAAAAUAGCUCGACAUAGCUCCAGUCUCCACUUGUGGGGGGCCACCCUUGCACACAGAACAUAUUGGCAGGGUUUAAGGCACGCAUGGGCAAACUUUGGCCCUCCAGGUGUUUUGGACUUCAACAGCCAGUAGGUUGUUAGGAAUUGUGGGUGUUGAAAUCCAAAAACACCUGGAAGGCCGAAGUUUGCUCAUGUCUGGUUUAAGGGCAAGCACAAACAACAGGUAGCUUAAAAAUCUCAGGGGCAUCAACUAAAUAUACCAGAGACCAUAUACAAUAGCACCUUAUUAAAUAGAGAGUAGGCGUUCACCACUGCCAUCCCCGCCCCCAGCAUCCUUACCAGGCAGCCUGAAUGCUACUGAAAAUUGUAGAAAAAUAAUGAGCCAGAAAUCAGUAGUGUAGCCACAUGUGGCUUAUGAGUCGAACAAGUAGGCUCUCCCUCCACCAGUUUGGUGUUGAUCCCUUUAUCUAUGUUUAGUUUAUAACCACACCUUCUAAAAUAGUGGUUCUCAACCUGUGUGUCCUCAGAUGUUUUGGCCCUCAACUCCCAAAAAUCCUAACAGCUGGUAAACUGGCUGGGAUUUCUGGGAGUUGUAGGCCAAAAACAUCUGGAGACCAAUGGUUGAGAACCGCUGUUCUAAAACAAAUAGAAGUUGAUAACUAUAACUGUGUUUUGACAUUUGCCCAGUGUCAUAACUAACACAAAUCCUGCUCCUGGAUCAGAAGUGUCACUAGGGUUAGUGUCAUCAGGUGCAUUAACUUGUGUCCUUCUUACCAGACUAGAUCAUAUUAUUGUAACUGAAAUACCAAAAUCUUCAAGUGUCUGUAUUACUGCUCCUGCUGCCUCCUGAGAUUGUGCAUGUAUGUCAAUGGUCUGCAACCUGUGGGUCCCCAGAUGUUUUUGGCCUUCAAUUCCCAGAAAUCCUAACAGCUGGUAAACUGGCUGAGAUUUCUGGGAAUUGUAGGCCAAAACAUCUGGGGACCCACAGGUUAAGAACCACUGUUCUAAAACUAAUAGAAGUCGAUAACUAAAAUUGUUCUUGACAUUUGCCCAGUGUCAUAACUAACACAAAUCCUGCUCCUGGAUCAGAGGUGUCACUAGAGUUAGUGUCAUCAGGUGCAUUAACUUGUGGUGUCAUCCUUACCAGACCAGAUCAUAAUAUUGUAACUAAAUAUCAGAAUCUUCAAGUGUACUCCUGCUGCCUCUUGAGAUUGUGCAUGUAUGUCAGUGGUUCUCAACUUGGGGUCCCCAGAUGUUUUUGGCUUUCAACUCUCAGAAAUCCUAACAGCUGGUAAGCUGGCUGGGAUUUCGGGGAGUUGUAGACCAAAAUAUCUGGGAACCCCAGGUUGAGAACCACUGGUGUAUAGUGCAUAUGUAUGCAUUCAUGUAAGAAGGAGCAGGGUGGGGCAGUUACUAUUACUUGACUGCUUUCCUUAGUCCCUUUAAAGAAGUCACCUGGUGUGACUUGUACCCCCUGAUGACACCUGGAUUGCCUUCUGUGAAUAGAUAAUUUAAUUUUGCUUUUUAGUGUUCCUACCAAGAAAUGGCAACUAGUUUGGAAUUCUGGGCUCUUAAAGUGGCCCUCUUCAUUUGAAAAAAAAAGUCUUGUCAGAUGUUUACUAUCUUAAAGGUCUAAAUAAUGUAUAAAGGUCAAACAGAUUUUCUUUCUUGCAGUGUGUAAAACUUGAAGUGCUGCUGUUAAAUUUUAUCGUUGCAAACGUGUGAAGAACAUGAUGUUUAGUGAAGUUAUGUACAUCUUAAUUGCACCAUAAAGCAGCACAUGAAUGCCGCCAAAGUAAACUGUAGGCAAAGUCAUGUUGGAAUCAGACUUGAUUGUAUACUCACCUUGUGCACUGGCCUGUUCAAUCUUCCAAUGGGCUGAUACUUAAAUGGUGGCAAAGGUGUGCCUUAAAAAAUAUGUAUAUCUUCUGUGUCUUUCAGGAAUAAGAUUAUUUUUGUAAACUUUUAAUAUAGUUGAGUAUGAAUCUG